UCCCACCGAACCUACCACACUCCUCCGCUCGCUCUCCUUCCCACCAUGGAGGCCUUCGCUUCCGCCUCGACCUGGCGCAUGGACUCCCUCCGGACCGCGCUCCCCUCGCUCCGCCCCUCCCCGUCGGCGGCUCUCGGCGGCGCUCCCCGUCCGCGCAAGCAGGCGGCCCGCCGGUUGGGCGCCUCCGCCGCCCCGUUCCUCCGGAGCUCCUUCGUCUCCACGUCAACAUCCGCUUCGUCCUGCGCGUCUCCCGCCCCGGUGUCCGCCGCGGUCUCGGCGUCGCUCGCCUUCUCGUACACCUCCUCUUUCUCCGUGGAAUCAAGCUUUGAGCACCGACUGUUUGGUAUUGAUGUUCGUGGAAGGAUACUGGCAAUGAGGCACGGGAAACGCAUUCCUAGACUCGGGAGACCUGCAGACCAGCGGAAGGCACUUCUACGUGGGCUGACCACACAGCUGCUGAAGCACGGGAGGAUAAAGACCACCAAGCCAAGGGCAAAGGCGAUGAGGAAGUGGGUUGAUAAGAUGAUCACGAUGGCGAAGGAUGGUUCUCUUCACAAGAGGAGACAGGCCCUGGGAUAUAUUUAUGAGAAGAAUAUAGUCCACGCACUGUUUGCUGAGGUUCCAGACAGGUAUGGGGAAAGAAACGGGGGCUACACAAGGAUCAUCCCGACAUUUCCGAGGCGGGGAGACAAUGCACCUAUGGCUUAUAUCGAGCUUGUCUAAGUGAAAAUAUCCUUCUGUGUGCUAGAUAUGUCUCCCGGGGCAUACCCUUGAAAACAAAUCUUAAGAGGACCCAGUUGAUCCAUUGGUGCUUCUCAGGCCGGGUAGUCUGCAAAUUGCCCGUCUUUUUUUCUAAAUAUUAUUUUGUAAAACAAAGUGUAGAUCAUGUGUGGAAUUUUGAGCUCGUCCUACAGUGCAACAUCACGGUGCUAUACUGUUAAUCUGGAAAGUGUUCCCGAGAACGCAAUCUGGUUUCUUCCAA